UUCUUGCUUCACUUCUAUUGUGGAACAGCUGCUGGGUAUCUUCUCCUGAUGCUUAUGUUAUCUUGUGAUCCUGCUGCAUUUCCACCGAUCUAUUUACAAUAGCAGGUUCAACAGCACUUUUUUGGGGAUCUGGGAUUCACUUAUAAUGAAUUGAGAGUGUUUUGGGUACAGUUAAUCUGUGUUGUAUUUGCAUCCUAGGCAUAAUUCUUGGUAACAAUAAGAAAAUUAGGGCAUCUAGGGAUAUUUCAGUAUCUCCAAAAGGGAAUCAAUAAAAUAUCCCUCCCAGCUCUCUUGUUCUUGGAACAUCCAGGUGCCCAUAAGCCAGGACUUGGCUAGGAAUUGUGGUAGUGACAAUGCUUGAUUAUAACAACUAAUAUCUUGCAUGCAGAUCAGAUUUGUUGUACUUCUUCUUUAGUUGCCUGUAAUUACCUAUCUCUCAUUUUGUCAUUUGCAGAGAACACCAGGGAUAUGAGAAUUGUUCUGCUGGGGAGCAUAAAUGCUGGGAAGAGUUCAGCAGGAAACACUCUCCUGCGCAGAGAGACGUCUGAGUUAAAGAGAACUGCUCAGUGUGUGAAGAGACAGAGAGAAGUAGCAGGGAGACACAUCACUGUGGUUGAAGCUCCAGGAUGGUGGACAGAUACACCUGUAAAAGAGAGCACUGAGUUACUGAAACAGGAGAUUGUGCUCAGUGUGUCUCUGUGUCCUCCAGGGCCCCAUGCUGUACUGCUGGUCAUACGUUUGGACACCAUGUUUAAAGAGGAUGAGAGAACAGUAUUAUUGGGACACCUGAAUCUUCUCACUGAUGCAGUGUGGAGUCACACUAUAGUGCUGUUCACCUAUGGAGACUGUCUGGGAGACACACCCAUAGAGCAGCACAUUGAGAGUGAAGGGAAGGAGCUCCAGUGGCUGGUUGAGAAAUGUGGGAACAGGUGUCAUGUUCUCAACAAUGAGAACAGGAGUGAUGACACAAAGGUCACAGAGCUGCUGGAGAAGAUAGAGGAGAUGGUGGCAGCAAACAGUGGACGCCAUUUUGAAAUGGACAGAAAGAUUCUACAGGAGGUGGAAGAGAAGAGGAGAGCAGAGGGAGAGAAGGCUAAGGAGAGGAUGAUGACGGUGGAGAAACAGAGAGAGGACCUCAGAUCACUGAUUGGAUACACACCUUAUCUCUCAGAGCUGAGGAUUGUCUUGCUGGGGUACAGAUACGCUGGGAAGAGUUCAACAGGAAACACCAUCCUGAACAGAGAGGAGUUGGAGUUAAAGAGAACUGCUCAGUGUGUGAAGAGACAGGGAGAAGUAGCAGGGAGACACAUCACUGUGGUUGAAGCUCCUGGGUGGAGUAAUAGGGCUAAAGAGGAGAGCACUGAGUUACUAAAACAGGACAUUGUACUCAGUAUGUCUCUAUGUCCUCCAGGACCUCACUGUCUCCUGCUGAUCAUUCGAGUGGACAUUGUUUUUAAAGAAAAUGAGGGACGCAUAUUAAACGGAUAUAUGAAGCUUUUUAGUCAGAGAGCUUGGAGUCACACUAUAGUGCUUUUCACCUUUGGAGACUAUCUGGGAGACAUACCCAUAGAGCAGCACAUUGAGAGUGAAGGGAAGGCCCUUCAGUGGCUAGUUGAGAAAUGUAGGAACAGGUAUCAUGUUUUCAACAAUGAGAACAGGAGUGAUGACACUCAGGUCACAGAGCUGCUGGAGAAGAUAGAGGAGAUGGUGGCAGCAAACAGUGGACGCCAUUUUAAAAUAGGUAGCAAGAUUCUUCAAAAGGUGGAGGAGGUGAGGAGAGCAAAGAAAGCGAGACCAAAAGAGAAGAUGAAGAAUGUGCAGAAACAGAGCAAGAAUAUGAAAGCAAAUAUCGACUCAUCCCUCAGUUCUGGCUACGGCUCUCUAACCUCAGUGAAGGUUCCAGGGAGGCAGGGAAAGAAAAAAUUUAUGAACUCAGCGAUGCCAACCAGUGAAAGUAUCUGCUUGGAAUCCAGGAGUUUGGGCAGUGGAAAUCCUGGAGUCCCUAAAGUGUUUAGCCCUGAAAUGACUGAAAAAGACUUGGUGAUUGAAAACAAUUCAUUCCGGUUUCAGUGCCCUCAUGCUGGUCAGUUCCAGUGCCAAUUUACCAGCCUUGUGUUUGAGUUGGAAGGGAAAGGGGAGUUGCAGUACAGAAUAGACUCCUGGGGUACCCAUCUGUUGGAUGGUAUAAGUCAGAUGAAGCCUGCAGGUCCUCUGUACAGUAUCGACUGUUUUGAAGUUUCAAUCAGUCAUCUGCACCUCCCACACUGUGAGAUACUUUCAGAGGGAAACCAGGCUGAGCUGGUUGUGGCACAUUUCACUGGUGAUAAUGUAGAGGUCAUACAGCCACUGAAAGUGACAAGCACACAUGUGAUUAUCAGUAUCCAAGGCCUUUCCCUCCUUGGCCUUCUAAAAAACAUGUUCUAUGCUGGUCCUGUUAGUGCCCAAGUCUUACUCUUCUAUAAAGAAAUCACUGGAAAGCAAAGCAAGAAAAAACUACACAUCCACUUACUGCCAAGGAAUGUGCCAGUUGAAGAGGUGGAGAAAAGGCAUAAGAGCAGCAUAUACUUUGACACCAGCUCCACAUGCCAGCUUAUCCCUGGUAGAAAAUACAAACCAUCCUGUGACCCUUACAAGCCCCAGCCAAAGAGUGCCACAUUCGAGUGUGACUAUGGCCCAAACUAUCACCCCACCUUUGUGGUGUUCUUUGACACUGAAGAUUUUACAGUAAGUCUUUUGGAUGAAGAUGGCUUGGAGGUGUGGGAGCCACAUGACGUAUGUCUUUCAGCUCACAAUACGGAUGCAGCCCUAAUCAAAAGGAUGAAAGCUGCUGAAUUUGUGGACGAACACAGAGAAAAGCUCAUUCAGAGAGUUUCCUCAGUAAUGGAACUAGCAGACUCUCUACAAAGCAAGAAAAUGAUUGGUGAUGAAAUGUACAAUAACAUCAAAGUCGCAAAAACAUCUCAGGGACAAAUGAGGAUCUUGUACGAAAUUCUUCAGUCGGGAGGAACCGCUGUGAAAGCAGAAUUCUAUGAAAUCCUUAAACUGAAACAGUCUUUCCUAGUGGAUGAACUGGAGUCUGGACCCAGAAAGGCCUAGUGGACCUUUAAAAGGAGAACAUUUUGUCCAGAGGUGUACUUUGUGAUAUAAUUUAGCAGUUAACAUACUGCCGUGCUCUGUGACAUAUAAAAAUAGUGGGCAGGCCCAGCUGACCUUGAUUUGGACUGAUGGAAGAAGAAAGAGGGAAAUAUCCAUGUGACUUUGAAGGAGAAAUCAUUAUUGGAUGUCGGAUCAGGAAGACUGCUCAACUGGAUAGUGUUUCCAUAGAAACAGGGACUAAAGCGUCCUCUGCAUUUAAAUCUAUGGGAAAGACAUCAGUAAAAAGGGUCGGAAAUUCUGGUCACAAGCACAAAUUCAGUGACCAUGAUUGUGCAUGAUUGAACACUUAUGGGAGAUUUUGGAGUGAUGUGCUCUUCACCACCAGCGUCAAAAUUGAGGAAAUCAGCAUUCUCUAAUCAGCUGUUGGCCAAGUUUUGCAUCAGUUGGCAAAAUGAAAAGUUUGGGACUGGUCUGCAUUUUUCACAGCUUUGGAUACAGUACUCAUAUUUUUUUUUGCACUAUUUAUUUACAGUCAUUGCACAAAUUCAAAUUAUUUUAGCAAAUAAUUUUCUCAGUUUUUCUCAGUCUUUUUGUAAAUCAUUGUUUUUAUCAUUUUUAUCCUUGGUACCUUGUGUUUUCUGUUUUUUAGAUUAAUUUAUAUAUCUGUGUUUUGCAAUUCAUAAAGUGCUAAUUAUGCAUUGUGCAGUAGCAAUUUCAGAGUUGUAUAUUGUAUAUAUGUUGCAAUUACUUGUUUUUUCCCCAUGAGCCUCCUGUGGCUAGAAAUACUUAAAACCCUUCCUACAUA